GGAAGCCGGACCAUGCUGAUGUGAUAUUCCUCUUAGAUUGCUGGGCAUUCUGUGACUGACCACGGCCAGAGCUCAAGAGGGGGGGUCGCAAUCCACAGAGUGUAUGCGUGUGUGCAGCUAUGGGGAAGGACUACUACAAGACCCUGGGCAUCCCCAAGGGCUCCAACGAGGAGGAGAUCAAGAAGGCCUACCGGCGCAUGGCGCUGCGCUUCCACCCCGACAAGAACAAGGAUGCCAACGCCGAGGAGAAGUUCAAGGAGAUCGCAGAGGCCUACGAGGUGCUCAGCGACCCCAAGAAGAGGGUCGUCUAUGAUCAGCUAGGAGAGGAAGGUUUGAAGACAGGAGGCAGCAGCUCUUCAGGGGCUCCUGGCAGCUCAACGUACCACUACACCUUCCACGGAGACCCCCAUGCCACCUUUGCCUCCUUCUUUGGCGGCUCCAACCCCUUCGACAUGUUUUUUGGCUCCAACCGCAGCCACAACCGCUCCAACGGGUUCUCCUUCCACAAUGACCACGACACGGAGCAGGACAUGGACGUGGAUGAGGAUGACCCCUUCGCUCAUUUUGGGAGACAGUUCGGGUUUCCAGGGGGGAUGAACAACGGCUUUCCAGGGGAGGGCCGCAGGAGGAGAGGGGUGCCGUCUGAGCGCCUCGGGACCGGGCGAAAGCACCAGGACCCUCCGGUGGUCCACGAGCUGAAGGUCUCUCUGGAGGAAAUCUUCCACGGCUGCACCAAACGCAUGAAGAUCACCCGCCGCAGGUUGAACCCAGAUGGGCGGAGCAUGAGGACAGAGGACAAGAUCCUCAACAUUAUCAUCAAGAAGGGCUGGAAAGAGGGAACCAAGAUCACCUUCCCAAAGGAGGGGGACGAGACCCCUGAGAACAUUCCUGCCGACAUCGCCUUUGUGCUUAAAGACAAAGGGCAUGCCCACUUCAAGAGAGACGGUUCCAAUAUAAUUUACAACUGCAAGAUCAGUCUAAAAGAGGCGUUGUGUGGCUGCACAGUUAGCAUUCCCACGCUGGAAAACCGCAUCAUCUCGCUCCCCUGUCACGACAUCAUCAAGCCAGGGACGGUGAAGCGACUCAGAGGGGAGGGCCUGCCUUUCCCCAAGAACCCGUCACAGCGCGGCGACCUCAUCGUGGAGUUUUCUGUCCGUUUUCCCGACAGGAUCCCUCCUCAGUCCAGAGAGAUUAUCAGACAACACCUCCCCCAGUCGUAGGAAGACGCACCUUCAGCCCCUCCACCACCACACACUCCAGACUAAAUGGCCCGAACCCAAAUAACCAACCCUUACUACUCCUUUAUCUCUCAUAUUUGGACCCUCAUUGUAGUUUCCCUUCACACUUCCAGUCCCCAUGUCCUGCGUUAAUGCACACAGCAUUAAACAGACACUGUUGUUUGUAGGGACUUUGCAGUGAGAGGAUGAGGGAAGAAUUCCAAGAUGAAUGGCAGUAUCAGGAUGUAAUUAUUUGUUUGUUCUGUCUUUCGGCCCAAGCACACACCCAAGCACCCGAGCAGCGGAGCGGUUGUGAGGAUGGGCUCAGCACAAUCGUGGCUUUUACCGGAUCGUCUUUUCUUAACUCUGUUUUUUACGGAUUUAUCAGUGAUUUUAUAUGCUGUCCAACUCUCUGAUCCUCGUCUUUUUGUGAUAGGAUGAAGCGUGACAUAUUUUUUAAAAGAAACAUUUUUUUCCAGGAUUUUCUUUUCCAAAGCAAGUUUCAAAUAGAAUUAUUUAUUUUUACCUUCAGUGUACCAGCAGCUUCAGUGUGCUCAUUGCAAACCCUGGUUUUAACAUAACUCCCCCUGCCGCCACCUGCUUCUCUCUUGCUUUCCAUCUGAUAAAGCAUUGUGCUUGGAGUCUGUAGGCCGUUUGCUGUUUAGUAAGAUCUGUCUCCCCUAAAAUCAGUGUAUUCUGAUGCAUGCACACUUAAAGUCCUGCAUCACCUCAAAUAAUAUAGGUAUAUCUCAGCUGCAUUGGAAAAUCUGGGAACGACAAUCACAUACUGUAACAGCAGUGUAAGCUUGGAUAAUACAAUCUGCACAUGAUAUGGGUGCUUUCCCUUCUGAGCUGUGUGGCUCCUCUGAACUGAAUAGCCUGGCUCACUAUCUGAGGGACAUUUAGGUGCCUUAGCCCAGUGUAAUACUACAUAUGUGAACACACACACGCACACAGGUCACACUGUAAUAUAUACAACCAGCCAUGAUAAGUGCACAACAGACGAUGCCCUAUGCUGUGUUAGACAUUACCAUUCUCCCAAUGGUGGUGAUCUUGGAAAAGCAGUAAGUAAGCAAUGUGAAGUCAAUCACCAUAUUGUACUGUACGUAAGCAAGGACAUUUUUAGGAAGAGCUUUGAUACAAGACUGAUGAACUUUGCCGAUGUAUCCCUGUAAAGUGCCGUACAAGCACAGGCUGGAUUUCCCAGAGGAAUGAAAGCGUUACAUUAAUCUGUCGUAAAUGGUUGAGAUUCCUCUGGGAAACCCAGCUUUGUUGUGUAUAUUAUGCUUUCUCUUGUGCCAUUUGAAGGCAAUGUCUCGGUGCUACUGUGAGCAGUGCCAAAAAUAGAUCCCCUUGGGGUCUACUUUUUGGUGUCAUGGAGUCUUCAGUUUGUGAUUUGAUAACUGCUUCUGUCCUCCUAACAUCUGUACAUUGAACUUUACGUCUGUUUUUUCAGUAGAAAACCCUGUUUAGGAAACUGGGUUUGUAUUAUUGCAGCAGCUGUUCUCUGUCUCAGCUGCAGGGGGCUCUGAAAGCUCUCUUCAGCUCUUCCUACUGUAGUUUACAGAAAUGAUAAGAUGUUUGUAUGAGUGUGGUUUAUGCAGACAGCCCUAGUAGGUCAUAUAUAUCAUGUGUACGGGAAAAUGUUUGAAUGCACCAUCGAUAAAUGCACUUUUAUGUCAUAAAAGAUACUGAGAAAAGUCGAGAUGAAGGGGAGGAUUGAAUGACUUGUCUGAGUUUGUGAGCGUCCUGCCUCUCAGAGCCUCCGGGGGACGCUGGACUGUGGCUACAC